AUGAUCGAUGAAAAUUUACCCACAUUCUUUCUCAAGAACAACUCAAAACAACCUCAGAUCAGCACCAUAUACCAUAGCCAACAUGGAAACGACCCCGAACCUUCCUAUUCCUUGCGCGCGCUCGACCCCGCCUCCCCAACAUCACAAAACCGCUACGGAGUCGCGUUGUAUGACCCUUAUGUGACAGACGUUGUCUACGGCGAGGUAGCCGUGGCUCCAGAUUGGACACAACCGAGUAUGUCGGCAGAAGCAAUACGGGCAAAUGGUGGCGCUGUACCACCCCCAGAACCCAUCCUCCCUACCGAGUUCAACAUCCAGCUCUACAACCCCGACCAAGAAAUCACUGUGAAAUAUCAUACCAAAACGUGGAACAAACCAGCUCGGUGGGAAUUUGAGAUGCCGCAAAACACAUUCCGGGUUCCGUCAGCUUCAGCGCUAGACCAAACUCAGAUCGAUCCUUCUAUCGCAGAUGUUACUCCGAAGUUGAGGUUCAGUUGGCGCAAGGAUGGGAAGCUGUCAAAGGAUUUGACUUGUCUGUUGCACGGUAAAACUUCAACAAUUCCCGACACGCGCACAAAGAGCCGCGAGCCAGAUAUUACUAUUGCUCUGUUUCAAGGGCUGAAGGAGCUUACUCUCUAUGAGCCCAAUCUCUACCGACUCGAGAUGGAAGAUGCGAAGGGGUUGGAGGUCGUCCUGCUCUUGGCAGCCGUUGCGAUUCGAGAUAUUUUCUUUGGGCCUGCCAAGGAGGCCUUUCACAUUACCCCCACUGGACCUAACCCAGCUCGCAAGCCAGUAGCAGGAUCAACUGCAAUUGCGGCGCCGACCACACCAACGAGCGAUCCCAGGUCCGAUCGGAAGAACCCACAGGCCCGACCUCUUAGCGUGGCAAUGAGCGGAAGGCCAUCCCCGCCUCGGCUUAGCAUCCCGAACGCCUCAUCUCCGGCCCCACAAGAGAGGAGGCGACAGGAUGAACUCGCAAGACAGGAAGAGGAACGACGAAGCCAGGAGGUUCUCGCCGCAGAACAAAAAGCACGACGUCGGCGGGAGGCAGAAGUCGAAAAAGAGACCAAACGCCUGCAGAAGUUAUACGGGAAAGAAGAAGAGCAAGCACGAAAGCAACGUCAUACUCCAGCUCCCUCGUCUAGGCCCUACCUUCCACCCCGACAUACCGGACCCCCUCAACCUUACUCUCACCAAUACUCUCAAUCCUCAGUCCAACUUUCUUCACAGCCUAUGGGUCGUCCAUCCCAUCAUCCCCGCCAACAAUACCCACACGGCGCACCGGUCUCGAAUGGCCCAUAUCUCCACGCACCGGGCCGCAUGGAUCCCCGAGCCCAAUCCUCCACCCAUCUCAUGCAGUCCCGACCACAACAACUACGCCCGCAACCCCGACCGCAGUCUACCGUUGGGUUCCACCCUACCAGCAGUGGUGCUCUCCCAGCGGCAUCAAGGCCGACAUCUCAAGUUCAGCCGAAAAAAAGCGGUUUCUUUGGGUUCCGGCGCAACAAGGAGGAAAAUACUGCUACCAAGCUGGAAAAAAAGCGGAGUUCUAUGUUUUGA